AUGCGUCAACAUGGUCCUCGCCAAAGAGAACCAGGUCGGCCUGGUCACUUAGCCGGAGUGGACAAAAAAUUAACAGAAAAAGAAGAAAAGACGCGCCUUAGAAACAUUGAGGAGGAAAAGCGCCGUGCUAAAUAUCUUUCAUCAUUAGCACCAUCAACAUCAUCUUAUGAACAUCCACAAAGAAAAUCAUCUUCUGGUUCUGAAAUAACAGUUUUACAAGAAAAUAGAUCCAGCUCAAGUGCUACUAUUGAGGCACUAGGGCAUAAUACGGAUGAAUUUCCUAUAAGCAAGUCCUCAAUCCAUAGAAUUCGUACAGAAAUGCGAAGAAAGCGGGCUAACGCUAUAAAAAUUAAUUUCAGAAACAAGGUCCCGGAUACGGUAACUGUCCACUGGGAUGGCAAACUAUUGCCGGCUUUAGAUGCACGUAAAUCUAAAGAAGAACGUCUACCGAUAGUUAUAUCAUAUGAUAAUAAUGAACAACUUAUCGCUGUGCCAAAAUUGGUUAAUUCAUCUUGA